UGGAAAUUGCUGGAAUUUAUCGCCGGUAUGUCCUUAUCGAUCAUGAUCCGUCACCAUUUUGUUUGGCCGAAGGCAAUUAUCUGAUGUAUUGUAACUAGUGUAAGCAAAUAAUGCACCUUUCUCCAUUGGCAUUGAGUCUUUGGGAUCUUUGGAAAAUCCAGCAGUGACGCUUUCCACCAUGAUCCAAGCACACAAAGCAGACCUGUGGAUGGUUCUACUUCUAGUCAUUAUUGUGGUGGUGACUCGCAUCCAAGCAAGUAGUAACGAGGAUGGAACCAUCUUCCUGGAGCGAGGCAACCCUGGCAUCCUGUCCUGCCCUCCCGUCGCAUCCGGACGAAUCCCACUGGGUCAGAUCAUCGCCAUGUACUGGUACUUCCCCCGAGUACGAGAUGAAGACAUCUUGAUCUCCUACUUCUUUGGGAAUGUCGGUCCACAAAACGGCAUUCCAGAGGGCGUGUAUGACAUCAAUGGAAACUUCUCUCUGGUUAUUGAGAACGUCACCGACUCAGACGAAGGGACCUACUACUGUAGGGUCAAACCGAGGUUGAGAAUGAUGGUUGAUGGGCACGUGGCAAUGCGUGUCAAAGUAUCUCCUAAAGAGCCAUUUCCCGAUGUAACUCAAUGCACUGAACGUAUCUCCGAGACUGCGUGCGAAGCAGUCUUGCCGAAUGACAUCGAGAAACCAAUGCUGACCUGCAUCGUACGGGAUGCCAAGCCUGCCGUGGCUCUCCGAUGGCUGCUGGAGAAUAGUGAUGGCGGCACACAACUCAUCAGCGACAGGUUCACCGUACAACCGAGUGAGUAUUCAGUGAACACCUUCACCACUUCAGCAUCAAUCCCAAUUGUAGCGAGUGACGUGGACACAAUGUACAGAUGUCAGGCAUACGGGGAGGCGCUGGGCGCCAGGAAUGGUAGCCACGUGACGGUGACUGUCACCACAGCUCACCGUACCCUGCAAACACCACUUGUUUCUGUGGUGGCUACUGGCAUCCAAGCAAGUAGUAACGAGGGUGGAACCAUCUUCCUGGAGCGAGGCAACCCUGGCAUUCUGUCCUGUGCGCCUGUCGCAUCCGGGCAAAUCCCGCUGAAUCAGAUCGACGGCAUGCGCUGGUACUUCCGCCAAAUACGAGAAGAAAACCUCUUGAUCUCCUACUUCCUAAAAAAAGUCACUUUACAAAACGGCAUCCCGGAGGGCGUGUAUGGCAUCAACGGAAACUUCUCUCUGGUUAUUGAGAAUGUCACCGACUCAGAUGAAGGGACCUACUACUGUAAGGUCACUGAUAGGGGGAAAAAAGCGCUAGUCAAUGGGAACGUGACUAUGCAUGUCAAAGUAUCCCCCAAAGAGCAGUUUCCCGACAUAACUCAAUGCACCCAACGUAUCUCCGAGACUGCGUGCGAGGCUGAGUUGCCGAACGACAUCAAGAAACCAAGGUUGACUUGUAUCGUACGGGAUACCAAGCCUGCCGUGGCUCUCCGAUGGCUGCUGGAGUAUAGUGACGGCGACACACACCUCAUCAGCGACAGGUUCACCGUACAACCGAGUGAGUAUUCAGCAAACACCUUCACCACUUCAGCAUCAAUCCCAAUUAUAGCGAGUCCUGUGGACACGAUGUACAGAUGUCAGGCAUACGGGGAGGCUCUGGGCGCCAGGAGUGGUAGCUACGUGACGGUGACUGUCACCACAACUCAUCAUACACCACAGUUCCCACCAGUUGCACCUAGCUCAGCUGUAACGAUUAAGGAGGCUCCAUGUACUUUGCACAAUGCGGUGAUUGGGCCUGCAGACACUCCAGAUGGCUAUGGAUAUGCCUUUAUUGGGACUGCAGUUUUCCUUUGCCUUGUCAUCGUUGGUUUGGUUAUUGUUUUGUGCAAGAAGCACAGUAAGGCGGAUAAUAGCAGAGAAAAUGGUGCAGCAGAAAUGCAGGAUCCAAGGGUGAACUCUGGGAAAUGGACCUGGAUUCGGAAGUCCUGGAGCCACUUAACCAGAACGGACAUGGUGUAAAUUGAUUUACAACACGAGUACUAAGCCAAUUGUGCCUAUGAAAAUUGCAAUAUAAAUGAUGAAAUUUGUACAUGUAGUUAUACACAUGUGCAUUGUAAUUAUUUUUUUUUACAUUGUAAAUUUUUUUUGUACAUUGUACCUUAAUAAAACAUAUUUUAUUGAAAUUUUAUUUUUUUUAUUGUAGGGUGAUUGUUAUUGUAGAAUGACUUAUAAAUUGGUUGAAUUGGUUAGUGGAAUUUGCCUGUGAUACAAAGAAACUAAAGAGUAAACAUUUAUAAACAGUAAUCAACAGUAAUCUAGUUUCAUGCUGAAUAACAUGAAACUAGUUUUAUCAAUAUUAAAGGGAAUGUACAACAUUUGCUUUAGCUGCAAUUUUCAGAAAUAAAUGGAUUUGGAGGAUUAGUAUGUUAUUGCAAAUAUUGUUACACUGACU